AUGACAAUGCCUCUUACUCUAAGAAAUAAGCUCAAGACUCUUUGUUCUUCUGCUCUUGGCUGGUCUUAUGCUGUUUUCUGGCGCUUUCAUCCACGCAAUUCCUUGUUGUUGACUGUGGAAGAAGCAUACUAUGAAGAGCAUCUGGGAGAAGAGAUUGCCAACAUGCAUCCUCAGGUCCACUUGCUGGGUGAAGGAAUUGUUGGUGAAGCUGCUUUCACGGGCAAGCACAGUUGGGUACACUCAGAUGGUCAAACUCAUGAUUGGAAUCUGACUGGGCAAAGUAUUUGUGAGGAUAAUUCUGAAUUGCAUCAACAGUUUUCCUCUGGAAUAAAGACUAUUGUGGUCAUACCUGUCAAAGCAUUGGGAGUGAUACAGUUUGGAUCCAGAAAUAAGAUUUUGGAGAGAGUGGAAUUUUUGGAGCAAACGCGAAGCAUGCUCACAGAAAUAGAUGCUGAUAUGGGUAUGUUUGACAUGUCAGAAAAUCCAGUUCAACCACUGGAAAGUGAAAAUAACUAUUUAAAUGGGAUGUUGGCUUCCAUUUCUUCUGCAAGUCCCAACGAUCCCUUCCCUUCCAAAUACAAGACUUAUGAAGAAGCAGCAGCUUCAUAUCAAGGAGAUUCUUCGUAUCUUGGUGACCAAUCGAAAGGUACCAUGGAAGCUCAAGUUGUAUUAUCAGAUAGGAAUAGUAAUGACGUGCUUUUGAAGCCUAACUCUUCUACGGUCAACUUAAUUGCCAAAACCCCCCAUCUUGGUUUAUGUGAUAAUGAAUUAUCUCCUUUUGAUUUGUUGGAGCAACAAUUGAUUUCCAGUGCUAGGGGACAAGAUGUUGCAGAUGUAUGUUUUAUGAAUGAAAAUGCAUUUGCUACUAGCAAACUUCCAGUUCAGGAUGCGGGGUUGGCCCCAUUGUGCAGUAUGGACAGAGGGUCAUUUCAAGGAAAAUUACAAAAUUCACUGGAUAACCAAUAUUCAGCUCAGUCUAGUGUUGUGACAGAUGUUGAUUUUUCCUCCAGUUCAUAUGCAUUGCAUGGACACUCUGAGAACAUAGAGCCAGUUGAUAUGUCAGAAGAAAUUUUGAAGUUCAGCUCCAUGGAUGAUCUUUGCCACUUGUUUGGUCCUUCUUCAGAGGAUAGCAUCUGCAAAACAGUAAUUGCAUUGGAUAACACCUUUUCUGAAUCAACAGAAUUUAAUCCCACUAUCUUUGAUCUGGUUGGAAGUGGUUCUUUACAUGAUGCUUUAGCGACAGGCCUAGCUGGGUUUAAUUCCAACUCAGAUGGGAAAGAAAAAUCUCUGGUUAUGCAUAACACUGGAAAAGGUCUCUUGGAUGUCAUGGAAAUAGAUUUUAGCUAUGAUCAAGCCGAUGGAUGGUGGGGGAAUACGCUUACACCAGUGGUGAGUGGUGUUACUGACACUGGCUUUUCUGAAUGCAUAUCAGAGUUGAAUACUGGUACACUACCUGGCACCCGGAAGAGAUUGUUCUCAGAGUUAGAUAUUGAAGAGCUUUUGAGGGGUGGAGCAAAUUACAAUCUUUUUAAUAGUUCGGAAUUUGAGUGGGGGUUAUCACCCAAUAAGAGGCAGACAGUAGAAUCUUCAUCUAUGAAUAGCAAUACAAUACAUUUCACCAACCUUCAUAGGCCUGCGACUAGAGCAGACUUGAUGCAGCCUCUUGGUGACUUGGACAGCACAAACAAUCUCCCAAGCAAGAAAGAUACAUUUUCAAAAUUACAAGCAGCCAUGUGGCUUGAUGAUAGCCAUAGCAUUAAUAUUGGAAAGGCUGCUCCACAACACCCUCAAAAGCCAGAGGAACCCGCAAAGCCCACCAAGAAGAGAGCUAGGCCAGGGGAGAGUACUCGACCACGGCCAAAAGAUCGUCAGCAAAUCCAAGACUGUAUUAAAGAAUUGAGAGGAAUCAUCCCCCAUGGUGGAAAGUGUAGCAUUGAUUCUUUGUUAGACCGCACCAUCAGAUACAUGCUUUUCUUACAAAGUGUCCUCAAGUACUCAGACAAGCUACAAGAACCGGAUGAACCCAAGCUUGUUCAGCAGGAAAAUGAAGUGGUUCUAAAAGACCGUGGUGUGGCGGAUAGCAAAAGCUGUGGCAUUACAUGGGCAUAUGAAGUGGCACACCAAACAAUGCUAUGCCCCAUUAUAGUUGAGGACAUGAGUCCACCAGGCCAAAUGCUUAUAGAGAUGCUUUAUGAGGAGCAGGGUAUAUUCCUCGAGAUAAUUGACAUAAUUCGGGGUUUUGGACUGAAUAUCUUGAAAGCCAAGAUGGAAAGAAAGAAGAACAAGCUAUGGGCACGUUUUAUUGUUGAGGCAAGCAGACACGUGACAAGGAUAGAUGUGUUUUGGUCUCUUAUCCAUCUUCUACAACAAACAAACACCUCCGGCAUUGAUUCUUCUAAGCAUUGCGAUGCUCUUGAUGCCAAUAGCCUCAGGUCCUAG